AUGGCAUCAUCAACAAGUGCAGAUCCAACAGUCAUAGCUAAAGAAAUCAAAGCACAAUUAAAACAAGCUCGAGAAGUUUUCAAUCAAAAAGAUUAUAGUGCAGCUCUGAAAUUAUGCGAAGCAAUUGUUAAAAAAGAUAAAACUUGCUAUACAGGUUGGAUUAUGAUUGCUGCUUGUGCACAAGAAUUAAAACAAUUUCAUCAAGCUGAAUCUGCUUUGCAUAAAGCAAUUGAACUCGAUGAAAAUCAAUCGGUUGUUUAUCAAGGUAUUGUACAAUUAAGUGAACGUGCACCAGGCUUUCUAAAUGAAAGUGAUAUUACAAGUGCAUUUCGAAAAUUAUGUUCACUAACUCGUCCAACGGAUCCAACAAAAUUCUUUGAUCAUGCAAAAAAAUAUAUUGAAUAUUUAAAGAAAAAAAUCGAAGUUCAACCUGUAACUACAAAUGAACAAACUAAUCCAUAUCGAAUACAAUUAGCUGAACUUUGUAAGGAAAUCGUUGAAGAAAAACGUCUCCAAUUAAAUCAAGACGACGAACGACACUAUCGAUUAUUGUCUACGGAAAUACUUGCAACAAUGAAAACAAUUUCAACGAUUCUAAAUGAAUUUUUAAGUAGUAACUAUUUUUGGCUUUCACAAAGUAGUUCAGAUAAUAUUCUACGUUUAAAUUAUUAUGAAAAAUAUAUUCAAUCAAUUUGUCAAAUGGGCCGCUCUAGUGCUGAUAUAGUUGAUUAUUGUAAUGAAUGUCUAGCACUAUUUCCGAAUUCAAGAAUAGCUCAAAAUACUAUAAUAAUUAUUAAUCUUGAAACAUUAUUACCGCAAAUAUACGAUUCAUUGGCACCUAUAGCAAAAUUAACUGAUGCAUUAAAUCGUAUUCGUUCAGAUGAAAAUAGUCAAAUAUCAAUACCAGCUAUUUGUGGUAAAGCUUAUUUUUCUAUUCGAAAUGGGAAAUAUUCAACUGCACUCGAAUCAUUGCUUAAUCUCAAUGAAGAAGAUGGUUAUCAUCUUGUUAUUAUUUUCAAAAUGGUUUGUUAUGCUCAUUUACAUAUUAUUAAAGAGACAAUAGAUAUGGUCAGUAUCGCACGUACAAAAUUGACAAAUUUUAUUGUGAAAGAUGUUGUAUCAUCGAUUGAAUCAUUAAUAGAUCUUUGUUUAGCUCUGAUUACAUAUGAUCAGGGUCUUUAUGAAAAAUCUAUUCAAUUAUUUGAGAAACUUCAUCAUGUAACCAAUAAGUUUCAUAAUCGAGCCGUUUAUGGUCAAUUCAAUGCUUAUAUCAAGCUAAAUAAACCCAUCGAGGGUCGUACAUGCUACGAUACAAUAAAAGAUAAUUUGGAAUCAAAUCAAGAAUUAUCCUGUCGUCUUCAAUUAGCUCAACUUGAAGAAUAUCCUAGUGAACUUCUUAAAAUAGUGCAAGCUGCACUGAAGGAAGCUAAUGAAAAUGAAGAAUUAUUUGAAUUAACUGUUCAAGGAUGGUUAUCAGUUGGACAAGCUUAUCUAUCUAUUCAACGUUCGAAUGAUAUGUUUGAUAAAGAUCAAUGUAAAUAUGCAUUUGAUAAGGCCAUUGAACUGGAUGAAUAUUUUUGGGAAAGUUAUGCAUGUUUAAGUAGAUAUUAUAAUGAAAUAGAACAAAGCUUACCGGAAGCAUUAGCCUAUUCAAAGCGUGCUUUUGAAUUAAAUGAAAAUAUUGAAAGUGUACAAAUAACUUAUGUUGAUAAUCUUCUGCAGGCUGAACAAAUCUAUGACGCAAUAGAAAUCCUUGAACGUAUACUUGCUAUGAAUAAUAUGAAAACAUGGGCACAUUUUCGAUAUGGACUUGUUUCUCUUCGAAUAAAUAAUGUUUAUAAUGCUGUAAAAGCAUUACAAAUUGUUUCUCGGCGGCCGCCUGUUUCUGGAGCUACUUGGUCAGCAUUAGGUGAUGCACACUUACAUACAAACAAUUUAAAAACAGCAUUGAGUUGUUAUCAUAAAGCAACAUCAUUAGAACGUGAAACACUUUAUUCGUUAACGAGACAAGCAUUUACUAUGACAUUACUCGGUCGUUUCAUUGAAGCUAUUUCAUUGUUUGAUAAAGUUAUCGAUCAAUCACCGAAAUAUCUUCUAGCUCGAAAAGGGAAAGGUGAAGCUCAUCUUUAUCUUGCUAUUCAACAAGUAGGACUUUAUAAAGAUCAAUCAGCGGUUAUUCAAGUUCAACAAUCACUUACAGCAUUUCAUGAUGCUGUAUGUUUGCAAUCUAAUUAUGCUUGUUUAUGGAAAAAAUAUGGUGAUGCAUGUAUGCUUCUUCAUCCAGUUAAUGAUGAUUUAAUUUAUAUACGUUUACCAUCCUUAACAAAAAAAUUCGAUGAAAAUAAAAUCAAAGAUCCUGAUGGUUGUAUUGUUUUAAGAAAAAUCGAUCUUCUUCAACGUGCACAAAAAUGUUACAUGCAAGCAAUUCGUCUUAAAUCACGUUCGGCAGUCUAUUGGUCAUGUCUUGCUCAAUGUGUUUAUAUUCAAGCUCGUCAUAAUUCAGAUGAGCAACGCAUGCUUAUGUUAGCAUUGGAAUACAUGAAAGUAGCAAUUUCAUUAAAACCUAAUGAUCAUUUAAUUUGGAAUGCACUUGGUGUUAUUGCAGCACAUCCAGCGAUGAAUGAGUCUGGUUUAGCCCAACAUUGCUUUUUUAAAUCACUUCAAUUACAACGAUCGGCUGUCGUCUAUACAAAUCUUGGUUUUCUUUAUUAUCGUCAUGAAAAUAUAGACUUAGCAAAUAAAGCAUUUUCUAAAGCUCAACAAACUGAUCCAACACAUUCAUUAGCUUGGAUUGGACAAGCACUUAUUGCUGAAAAAAUUGAUUAUAAUGAAUCGAUUGAUCUCUAUCGUCAUUGUGUUGAUCUUUCGAAUCAUUCUCAAGGUUUAUAUGGUUAUGGAAAAGCAAUUGCACAUCUUCUUAUCAAACCAAAUAGCAAGUCAACUGAUAUUUAUCGAUAUUCAGUUGACUAUUUGAACGGUAAUCAACGGGCAGCAGACGCAUUAACAAAAUAUAUUCAACGAAAUCCAGCAGAUAUAAAUGCCUUACAGUGUUUGGCUAUUCUACAUGAAUUCAACCAACGGUUUACUCAAGCAGCCAAUGCUUAUAAACUUGCUUUGAGCCAUAUGAAUCAACAAAAUGAAUCAUCAAAUGUGAUACGAAAUGAUUACGCACGUGUAAAAUGUCGAAGUGGUGAUACCCAAUUGGAUGCGUUCGUUGUAACAGAUAAUAAACUAACAUUGCUGAAUGUUCUUUGGUUAGCAGUAGCUUAUGGAAAAAUGAAUAAGCAAACAGAGGCUAUUGAAAUUUUAAAAAGUGUUAUUGAUGAUUCUGCAACUUCAAAUAAAGAUCGUUCAGUUCUAUUAACUUUUCUUGGACUUCAUCAACGUAAAAUCGACCCACAGGCAGCGGUUAAAACUCUUUUCAAAAGUUACUCAACUAAACCUGUGUGUUCAAGUGCAGUAACUGCACUUUGUGCAAUGGGUAUGAUCAUAGCGGAUAAUCGAAUAUCAGCAGCAGCUCUAAAAGAAAUGUCCAAACCGACAGAUUCAAAUUAUACAAUGGAUAUACACUUAUUAACAUGCUUAUCAAUGUUGUUGUCUAAUAAAACUCGUGAAGUUUAUAGUUAUACAAUGAAUGUUGUUUGUUACUAUCCAUGGUUAACAUGGACAUGGAUAUUAGCUUUAAUUGCUCGUAUUCAAACAGGAAAUCCAAAAGGUGUAUUACAAAUGAUUGAAGGAAUUUGUUACUCGAAUUUUUCGGCCGUUGAUGAGAAAAUGGCAAUAUUUGUUGCUAAAGCAUUACAUCAUAUAUCAGUAGAACGUAAUGAACAUAUUUUACAUCUAUUUCAAAUGUUAAUCAUGCGUCGGCCAGCUCUACUUGAUUUACGAAUCUCAUUGGCACAAUAUAUUCAAAAUUUCGAUUCAUCGUUUGGUCAAUCUUUACUUCCUUAA